UGUUGCAGGUUAUGAGGAGGGUAUACUGCGGCGUGUAGAAUCCGACAUGUCGCUGUGUAACCGUCUGCGCGAUGUAGCGCACACUUAUGCGCAUAUUGCCGAGAAGGAGCUGCAAUUCACGCUGUGUCGAGCGAUAGAAUGGUGUGACGCCCAAGAGGGUGACACGAAGAUGCGUGCACCCCCGCCGGAAAGAACGGAUACAUCCAUCAUUGCUACCUGAAGCAUAUAACCAUAUCUACCAUUGGUGCUGACCGCAAGGGGAUAUAUCUAUCAUUGUCGUUUACAGCAUGCAUAUACAUCUAGUAUGUCCCAUAUUUGCUGCUUAGAGCAUAAGGAUAUA